GCGGACACCGGACAGCGGCGCGGACCCCUCGGGCCUCGGACAGCAACCAACAGGCACAGGCACAGGCACAGGCACUGCACUGCUUCCCUCUCCUCGCGCUCCUUCCCGCCUCCACGCCCCGCCCCACCCCACCGGUGCCACGGCCACCUCUGGCGGCCGCCUCGCGUGCCUCCUCCGCUGCACAGUCCUCCGGCAGGCUUCCCCAGUGCCCCCGCGACCCGUCUGCACCCCCUCCGCGCCUGCCCGCCCUCCUCUACCAAAACCCUAACCCUAGGUCCGCGCGCCGGUGAUUACUCGAGUGGUUCACGCUGGAAGGAUACAUCUGUUUGCUGCUGCCGUCAGAAUGAACUGCUGCUUUCAGUGACGUGCAGGCAAUGCAUGCUUCUGCUUUUCUUCAAUGGUGAAUGCGGAGCCGUGCUCGAUGGGUGGAAUUAUGGAUUAUGAUGUUGGUGUCGGCACCAAAUCUUCACCACGCAGUAUGGCCAUUGAGAAAGCUCAGGAGGAGCUCAGGCAGGAGUCUGAUGUUCGCGAUGAGCGGUGGAGAGAGUUGGAAUUUCUAGAGAAAGGAGGCAACCCGUUAGAUUUCAAUUUUGUACAUCUAGAAACAGUCAGUGUACACUCCGCUUCUCUCACAAAUCAAAUAGAAGCGCAAACUGUGAUAAGUGACGCUAAGCGUAGUUUUUCUGCAUCACCUCUUGGAGAUUCAGUCGAGAGUACUGACAAACCUGGAGGUUCACUGUGCCGCGAAAUCAACACAGCAGACAAUCUUAUGCUUUUGGGUGGAGGUAACAACAACAUUGCAGAGAAGGUUGUAAAAAGAGGAACCAAAAGAUUAAAUGCAGCCCUACCCAAGCAGUCAUUGCCCAGUGAUGGUCACAAAAAUGUGAAAAAGCCUGCUGCCUCUGGUUUGUCACGCCUUGGAGUCAAAAGCCAGGCAUAUGUUCGGCGCAAUAGGUCAAAGUCAAGUAGGGAGAGUGGGAAUGUCACAUCUAUUAGAUCUUCUACGACCCCUGCUAAAGUCUAUGAGCCAAAAGAUGAUAAAGUUGUAGCACAGAAAAAAAAUGCAGGUGAUGAUGGUGUAUUGUCCGUUUCCAGUAUAAAACAGUCUGGAUCUAACCGUGACAAUGCACCAAAGAAUACAUCUUCUGAUGACCAUGCAACAAUGGAGCUGGAUGGGAUUCAAACCAUUCUUGAAAGUGAAUGUGUUGUGAACGACGAAGUAAACAAAGCUGGCAAUAAUAGCAAAGCUAAAGAUCUGUCAUCAAAUGAUGCAAAUCAUGACCGUCUCCUUGUUGGGUGUGAUGAGAUUGCUGCUGAAGUUGCAUCUGCAGAAACCCCUGAUACCAAUUUAAAAGUUGUUAUAAGGCCAUGCCAUUCUAGUGCAUCUACAUAUGAUGAGAAAGUGUCAUGCGCUGUUGAUGAAAAGGCUGAUGAUGGACACAUGGAUGAACAUAUGGCCAAUAUCCAUGAAGGGGAACUUGAUAACAACAGGACAGUUCCUGCUUGUGUUGUAGACGCUUCUACUUCACACAAAGAUGUAGCGGGCCCAUCUUGUGAAGGCACCGUGGAUAUUGUUGAUGAGCAUGCAGACAGGGACACCAAUCUUGUUGUAGGGAAGAUUGAUUCUCAUGAAGACCUAGAUAAUAGUAGACAUUCUAACAUGGUUCUCAAAGGAAGUGGCAUAUCUGUAGAUUUCAGCAGGCCUACUCCUUUGAAGGAAAGUUCCGAUCUUGUACAACCUGAAGCCAGUAAUAUUCCUCAUGUGAAAGAUGAAAUGGAAGUUUGUAACAGUGCAAUAGUUGCACAGAAAGACACAGAAUGCUUGUCUUCUGGCCGCAGCAUGAAUGUCGAGGAAAGUCCAGUUUUGGUCAGGAAAAAUAGCUAUGUUGAGAAUUCAAACUCUGCACAUCCUGUUUCUGUAGGCAUUGAGUUGCCUGAUGCCUUGCCUUCACCAAAAAAUGAUGAAUCUAAUGUGGGGAGUGAGAUUAAAAAAUCUGAGAACUUGAAUAAGAUGGAAAAGAAGGCUUAUGAAGAUUCUAUUCUUAAAAACGCUCGUGUUAUAGAGAUAAGUACUAAAAAGGCUGGUCAACGAUCUCCCUGUAACAUUGCCUUAGAGAAGAGGAGAAAGAGCCACUGGGAUUUUGUUCUUGAGGAGAUGGCUUGGAUGGCUAAUGAUUUCAUGCAGGAACGACUUUGGAAAAGUGUGGCUGCAGCUCAGGUGUGCCACUGGAUUGUUUCUGAUGGUCGUGCCAAGUUUGAAGAAGCAAGCAUUCUGAAAAAGCAGAAAUCUGUUAUAAAAAUCAUUGCAAAGGCUAUCAUGAGUUUCUGGCGUUCAGCUGAGGCUUUACAGACUGAUGACAGGACAGCUAAAAUGAUGCAUCACAAUUCAAGUAUGCUGGAGGAGACAGAUCCUUCUGGAAUCAAAGCUGGAAAAGAACAGGGUCACAACUCACUGGAAGCCAAAGAAUCCAGCCAGCAACGGUCACAGAUUCAUGAUUAUGCAGUUCGAUUUCUUGAAUAUAACAGUAGAACAGAUGAUUUUCAUGUGUUGCCUGAAGCCCCACCAACUCCUGACAGGCUGAAUGACUUUGGAAUCUUGAAAGUGUCUGAUCAUCUCUCAGAAGGAAGUCUCUUCUAUACAGUAGCACCUGGGGCAGUGCUGGCAUACAGGGAGUCUCUGGAAUCUCUUUUCGUGUAUCACAAGGAAGCUGGAAAUGCUGAGCUUAACAAUGACUAUGAAGCAUCUGUGUGUGAUUCUGUUGCAGUUUGUUCAGAUUUGCCCCAGGAGAAUGCAUAUGAGGAGGAUGAAGGUGAGACAUGUACUUAUCUUUCUCCUAAAGCAUAUGAUGGUGGUUUCGUAUCGAAUAUGGUUCACAAGAAGAAACACGUAAUGCCACAAAGGAUUAGCGUUGCAAGGCCAUAUCAAAUUGGUACCUAUGUGCCUUAUGAACCAUGCAUGGAAAGCAAGUCAAGGAACCAACCAUUGUUAUCAAAUGGCAAAAGACCUACUUCUUUCCUUGCAAUUCCUCCAAAGCGCACCCGCACAGCUGCCAGGCAACGAGUUGUAAGCCCGUUUCAUGCUGGUGCUAGUGGACCACCCCAAGUCACAAAUAAGACAGAUGUUUCAAGUGGUGACACAAACUCCUACCAAGAGGAUCAAAGUUCAUUGCAUGGAGGGUCUUUGCCAUGGAGGAACACAGAUUUUGAAUCUACAGUUGAUUCUGAUAGACAACUGCCUUAUGAUGCUGGCGAAAUGUGCACUAAAGACAUUAAGAAGAAAAAGAUAAAGAACUCAGGAUACAAAAUUGCUCAAAAUGCAGCCAAUUCAUAUGUUCCAACUUCCAUAAAGUUUCAGGGCCGUACUUAUGAUCCAAGAAUGCAAGCUGACUUGGUUAAUAAAUAUGAGCAGAAGGAAUAUCUCAAGAAGAGACCAGAUGUCCACCAAUAUGAUUCAAAUGGAAACAGUGUUGUAUAUGGUGGUCAACAUGCUUCGAAGAAGCUUAAAAUGGGGAAGCAAGGGAUAGAUAUUUCACAAGAAGCUUCUCCUGUUGCAUCACAGAUGAGCAACAUGGCAAAUCCUGCUAGAUUUAUAAAGUUCAUUGCUAAUAGGGAUCGCGGGAGAAAAUGCAAAACACUAAAGAUGACAUCUUCUGGUGGAUGGUCAAGCUUUGAGGAUCAGGCACUUGUUGUCCUGGUCCAUGAUAUGGGUGAGAACUGGGAACUAGUUAGUGAUGCAAUCAACAGCAUCGUGCAGUUCAAGUGUGUACAUAGGCAGCCUAAAGAGUGCAAGGAGCGCCACAAGGUUCUUGUGGAUAGAAGCUCUGGUGAUGGUGGUGACAGUGCAGAUGACUCCGGUUCAUCUCAGCAUUACCAUAAUACAUUGCCAGGCAUUCCAAAGGGCAGCGCAAGGCAAUUAUUUGAGCGACUUCAAGGACCAUUUGACGAAGAGAAUCUUAAGGCACAUUUUGAAAAGAUUAUACUACUCAUGCAACAAGUGCAUGCCAGACAUAGACAGGGUAAUCGCCAGGAUCUCAAGCCAAUCAUGCAGCCACAUAGUUCCCAUGUUAUCGCACUUUCACAAGCAUGUCUGAACAAAAUUUCUGGGGGCACUUUGACGCCCCUUGAUCUCUGUGAUGUAACAAGUCCAAAUCUUGAUUCAAUUACACCUGGCAGUGUGUACCCAGGUUCUCAUACAAAUGGGAUAACACUGCCGAACCAUCAGGGUUCUGUUGGUCCUUCUACUCCUACUUCAAAUCUGAAUUCCCGGUUACCAGGUUCUCCUGCUAUGGUUUUGGGCAGCAAUUCACCGUCACCUUCAACAUCGAAUAGUCCUAGGGAUGCUCAGAAAUAUGGUGUUCCCAGACCUACCUCUUUACAGGGUGACGAACAACCAAAGAUUCAAUAUAAUCAGAUGGCCAAUGGCAGAAAUCUUCAUCAGCCUGGAGUUUCUGCUCCUGGAACUAUUCCUUCCGGGGUUGAUUGUGGUGCAGGUGCCCGCAUGAUGCCUUCUGCCCCUGGUAUGGGAAUGGUGGCAGGACUAAAUCGAGGUAUGCCUGGUGCCAGGCCAGGCUUUCCAAGGAUUAGUUCACCAGCAAUGCUAAAUGCAGUUCCGUCUGGAAAUCUGUUGCCCAACAGUGGGCAAGGUGUGCUCACUGCAGUAAGUGUCCAUCCUGGAGCCAUAUCUGGUCCUGGCAAUUCAAUCUUGAGGCCACGUGAUCCUAUGCAAACAUUUCGUCCUGGUCAGGGUAUGGAAGAGCAUAGGCAGAUGUCGGAGUUCGACAUGCCGGUUUCACAGGGAAGUGGCCAAGCCACUGUCCAGUUUAGCGGCAUGAAUCCAUCAUUGUUGAGUUCUUCACCUGUUCAGCAACCCCAACGGCCACAUCAGAUGUCACAGUCGUUACACAUGUUUGGGAAUCCACACCAUUCUCAGAUCCAUGGAACUAAUUCAAGCUCGCAACAGCAGGCAUAUGCUGUGCACUUGGCUAAAGAAAGACAAAUGCAACGACAUAUGGCACCUCAACAGCAUAGUGAUCUUUCUGGAGCUAGUGCAGUACCUAAUGUGCAGAAUAGUACUCAAAUAUUGCAGCAGAACCAAGCCUCGUCUGCCAAUCCAGUCCCUUGUUCAAAACCACAACAUCAGCGACAGCAAGCGGCACAAAAUCUGCUGGAUAGCUCAUCUCCCAACCAACCUGCCACUACUACACAACAGAAGCAGAAGAAACAGCAGGGACAACAGCAGUCUAGACAAAAUCAGUCACAAAGGAACCAUGGUAGUCAACAAGCUAAGCUUAUGAAGAGCUUAGGACGAGGAAACAUGAUGCCCCAGAGUCCUCCAAUUGACAGCAUACCAUCCAAUGCUGCUUGUACUCCAUCGAAGAACCAUGUGUCUGAAAAACUGGUGCAGCAUGGCCAAGGACUUUUCCCUGCUAAUACAGCACCAACACCGUCAAUGCCUCAACCUGGGAAUCAACCUAGGCUAGUCACUUCAUUGCCUCAGUCACCUAAGGUGGCAGACAUUGGUAACCAAGGCUUAAUGCAAGGUUCUUCAAAUCAGACCCUGUUAGCUUUGCAACAACCUCCACAUCAUUCUAAAUCGUCAUUGACCACUCAGCUGCAGCAGCGGCAGAUUAAUCCAUCACAGAACAGCAUUGAGAGAGCAAUGGGGCAACAGAACCGCCAAAUGAACUCUGACUGUAGUAUAGACUUGCAUGUUGGUCAGGUCCGACACAAUCAGAUGGUUACAACAUCCAUGGCACAGAGUGCAGAUUCGUGCAGCCCUGUACUGGCAUCUGUUAACCAGCAGAAGCGUGAGGCAUCACUCAAUCAGACUUCAGCUACCUCAUCGUCUAAGCUGCUUAGCUCUCCUCAAGAUACUUCUUUUGGGUAUGAAACGUUGUUGCCAUCAUCUAGCCAAGACAUGCUGCUUUCAGGUGGCUUCCCUUUGCAGGCUCAUGGUGUUGGUGGCCAGUGGAACCAACAAGCCAGAGAGCAAUUGCAGUCUCAGCAUCAGCAGAGACCAGUUGUGCAAGGCAGUGUAUAUGCUCCUUCAAAUUCUGGGCCUGGCUGAUCAUUAAUUAUUUCGGCUUUGUCGGUUUCAGAUAGCAAGGUUUCUUUCCAUUGUAAAGUGUACAGGUGUCCCUGCCUUGGAAGCUGUGGACGACAGUGCUUAAUCUUACUUGGAGCUAGCUAACUGUAGUCACCUUAAUGUCAGGUAGAUUAGGUAAUUAAUUGUUCGUGUGUCAUUUUAGGCCCUACCUUCUGAAGAUGGGAUUGGUUGCAGUCUAGUAGAAUGUAGAAGAUAGGUGGAGGUGGUGGUGGGAUUGUUUGUAACCCAGAAACUGGGCCCAGCCCAGCCGUAUAUCUCUGGCAUUAGAGUCAGUCGGGAUUAUAUUUAUCUAUUGUAUGUAUAUAAACAGUGCUGCAUGUACUAGUGCUUUUAUAACAUGUAAGGUGUUGCAUGACGAUUUUCUGUCA